UUACAUUGCUAUGCACACCAGCUGAAUUUGAUCAUGCAGCAAGCCACUUCUCAGGUCCCAGCAUUGAGGGUUUUUUUCUCGGAUCUGAAUGGCAUUUCUAGCUUUUUUAGUCGGUCACCCAAACGCACCACCAUCCUCGACCAGGUUGUUGCACGGAGGCUGCCAAGAGCAUCGGCCACAAGAUGGAACUUCAACAGCAGGGUCGUGAACAAAGUCUAUGAGAACCUAGAUGACCUCAUAGAGUGUUUUGAAGCCAUCAGCACAGACGGCUCAUUUGACUGCACCACAGUGAGGGAGGCAUCUGGCUACCUGAGGAUGCUGCAGGACGAUGACUUCAAGUUUUUCCUGCAUCUAUUUCAUCAAAUCAUGCCUCACGUUGACAUUAUGUACCAACAGCUGCAGAAGAAGGACAUUGAUGCAGUCUUCAUCAAACGUGCUCUGCAGAGCUUCACAAGCAGUGUUCAAGCCAUACGGGACCAGAGCUCAUCUCCAGAGCAGCAGCAAGUAGCAGCAGGAACUACAGGAAAAAGGAGGGCCUUGGGAGAGCAAGACAAGCAGAGGCUGUCUAAGGAGGUCUGUGACACCAUCUUGGGCCAUGCAAACGAGAGGUUCUCUUUCACAAGCCACCUUGUGAGUGCAACGCUGCUACAAGGAGACCUGUUUGAGCAGUACUGCCAUGUGUUCCCUGAUGAGGCUCUGAACACCACUGCCAAGGCAUACCCCAUGCUGAAUAAGGCGAAGCUCAAGACUGAACUGUCCCUUAUCUACGAGAGUCCAGAUUUCAAGGGCUGCAGUGGUGCAUUGGCACUCUACCAGGUUCUACAGAGGAACAACCUCCACGAGACCCUAUCUGAGACUGUGGCUCUGUUGAACAUCCUCAUAAUCACUCCCAUGACAACUGCUGAAGCUGAGAGGUGUUUCUCGACCUUAAAGAGAAUCAAGACAUUCCUGCGAAACUCAAUGGGACAGGAUCGUCUCAAUGCUCUGGCCAUGCUUUCCAUGGAGAGGGAACUAGUCAGGAACAUGCCUGAUUUUAAUGAGAGGGUCAUUGAUCACUUUGCUGCUUUGAAAGAGAGACGAGCAAAAUUUCAAUACAAGUGAGAAAUGUUGUUUUAAUGUUGUUGUGUUGUUGCACUACUCAAAUGUUGAAUUGGAAAUAGCUGUAUUAAUUGCAUAUCAUUAGCCAAUUUUUUUGUUUGCUUUGUAAUGUACAUGUGUCUUAUGGGUAAAUUCUUGUUAAAUAGCACCCAAUGUUUUGAUUAUCACCUUGGAUCAUUCUUGUUUUAGGAAUACUGUAAAUAUUGCAAUGAGUAGGCUAUGCCACUAGUUUUUAUAUAUGCUGUCAUCAAGUUGUGUGAUGAGAACUGUAAAUAUUAUAAUUACUAGGCUAUGCUAACAUCCAUUUUUUUGUUAAAUCAGAACACAACUGCUGCACUUAAAAUAAAUGUUAUCAGAUGGAGAAAGAGUAUUGUGAUUUAUUGUAAAGCAGUCUCUUUUAACUUUCCGAGGUAUUUAAGGAGGCAAAAUGGUAGAUGAAAAUGUACCGUUAGAUGACCACA